GCGUUCCUCGGAGAAUGAAUAAAGCAAUCUUCAAUUCUAUUGAGAAUCAUCCAAACACGUCCUCUCCGACAAUUACCGGAUUACCAGCUGAGCAGAACUGAGCAUCAGAACCUCAAAAGGCCAGAGGACCUCUGUCGGCGUCCCAUCCCACGUUAGAUCUACUCCAACACAAAACUUCAACUUAACCCAGAGAAACUCUUUCUUGAAUUGAAUGCAUCCUAGCUCAAUAUAACGGAUUUUUUCCAGACAAGUUAUGGAUUCUUCAGACCAAAGGAGGAAGAGAAAACGGCUACUUAGAACAUCUGCAGCAUCGCAAACUUCAUAUCUAUUAGUUCUACCUUCUCAUUUAUUUUCAGUAAGAUCUCUUCUUCUUUGUUUCACCUUCUUCACCUUUCUUUGCCUCUUAUCCUACACGGCAAAGAUUCAUUCUUCAGUUUUUAGGCCAGUUUUGGUAGUUUCUAGCUUAUCUUUAUUGUCUUCUAGUAGUGAUUCCGUUCAACAUUUUGAUAAGUUGAUAUCGUUGCCAUUUAAGAUAGAGGAUCGGGUUUUGUUGCCUGAUCAUAUACUUUUGUUGGUAAAGAAUAAUGGGACAGUGAAGAGAAAUCAAGAAUUGGAUUGUGUUUACUGGAGAAGCAUAGUUUCUGAAGGUAGGAACAUCGAUGGUCUGGAGGCAAGGCAGAGUCUUGUUGCCAAGCUGAAUGUUUUGUCCGUUGAUGAAUAUGACGAAUUUAGAUUGAUUGUCAGAUGUCCAAUUCCGCCUGUCAAUUACUCUGCUGUGGUAAAUUUACAAAGGCGCUGGAGAAAUGGGAUUGAGAAUUUAGGGGAUGAAAAUGGCUUACGGGGGAUUAGUAAUCAGUCAGUUCAUAAAUGGGAACGUGUGGCCUAUACUGCUACUUUGGAUGGGGACACUGCUGUGGUGUUUGUAAAAGGUUUGAAUCUUAGGCAACAACGAGAAUCGGAUCCGAGGCAGUUCAGCUGCCAUUUUGGGUUGGGGAACUGGGAGGCGGAUGGAAAAUUUAUGCUCACGACAAAAGCUGUUACGGCUGCUCAAGAGGUUGUGAGGUGUUUGUUGCCGCGGAGUAUCAAGAAGGCCCCUGAAAAGGCUCAGGGAAUUAGGGUGACAAUUGGAGUGACACCCCAUGUUCGUGCCAGAGCUCAUGAGCAUGUGGUUUUUCCUUCUGUGGCUAAGAUUUUUAGUCCGAAGUCUAUCGAGGGUGGGGUUGGUGGUCGGGGAAAGUAUGAGCUCUGUGUGUGUACAAUGGUGUGGAAUCAGGGCUCUGCUUUGCGUGAAUGGAUUAUGUAUCAUGCUUGGCUGGGAGUUGAGAGGUGGUUCAUUUAUGAUAACAAUAGUGACGAUAACAUCAAACAGGUAAUUGGGGAGCUCGAGCGAGAGAACUACAAUGUCACCAGGCAUGUGUGGCCUUGGGUUAAGACUCAGGAAGCUGGUUUCUCUCAUUGUGCUCUUAGAGCAAAGGAUGAAUGCAAUUGGGUUUCGUUCAUGGAUGUUGACGAGUUUUUCUAUUUUCCCUAUUCAACACCAAGGCAUCAGACAUUCAGGGAAGUGGGCUAUGCUGGUCAGAAUUCACUACGGACUCUGGUGGCAAAUGUUUCAUCAUCCCCAAGAAUUGCAGAGAUAAGAACUACUUGCCAUAGUUUUGGGCCAUCAGGAUUGAGUAAACAGCCUCCUCAGGGAGUUAUGGCAGGAUACACUUGCCGACUUCAGAGUCCUGAGCGACACAAAUCAAUUAUUCGCCCCAAGGCCCUUGACGCUACCCUUCUGAAUGUGGUGCAUCACUUCCACUUAAGAAAUGGAUUCAAGUACCUAAAUUUGCCUCAGAGCACAGCUGUGAUAAAUCAUUACAAAUACCAGGUGUGGGAUGUUUUCAAAGCAAAAUUUUACAGAAGAGUUGCAACCUAUGUUGCUGAUUGGCAAGAAAACCACAAUGAAGGGUCUAGGGAUAGAGCUCCUGGCUUGGGAACCGAGGCCAUCGAACCUCCCAAUUGGCCACAACAGUUUUGUGAGGUUUGGGACACUGGCCUACGAGAUUUUGUUUUGGCCAACUUGGUUGAUACCUCAAAUGGUCUGUUGCCCUGGGAAACAUCUUCUUUAGACCAAUGAAGUUGGUAAUGGUUCCACGCUUGUAGAACAGAGAAUUAAUUAUACACACCCAAUUCUUUCCCUACAUUGUUUUAUGGUAUGUUGUAGUUUUUCUUUGUAGACACUCAAUGAAAAGGCACCAGUUAGAUUAGGAGAUUUUCUUGGAAAUUAUACAUUCAACAUUAAAGUAACCCUUCUAUUUUCUCAGUGAUUGAUAUAUUAUUUGAUUCCUUUCUUCUCA